UUUGUCUGGCCGUGCUUCGACAAACAAAUCAUUAAAGUGCAUCGCAUAACAAUAAACACGCGCCGCGAUUAUAAAGCCGUAGGACCCAGACUAGUCCGACAUUUGGCAACACGGCUUCCAUCCGCUACUAUUGGUUCUCGGCGCGGCGCGAAAUAUCGUCUCAAUCAGCUUGCGAGUGCGGCUGAAGUCAGUCGAUGCGUAUUCGUUUCAGUAAUUGGUUGCUGUACCUGUCGUGAAAAUAUUCAACCGCGCAAAACUAUUGUUUUUGUUUGCAAUUUUCGUUCAAACGUUUUGAAACCGUGACUUUCCCUGGACUUUUUUUCAGCGGGUCCUCCCGCCCUUCAAACACAUAUAAUACAAUUGAUGUGCUAAAGCAACAUAUAAUGGUUGCCGAAUUUGUUGGACGUGGACAGAGUGGUUCUCCGGUAAACGGCGAAGUACCACAGUUGAACUCCGGUCUACCCAACGGACAUACAAGAGAAAUGCUGCCGACUUCAACCACCCCCGGAGCGGAGCACUACGCCAUCCCCUCCGUCAAACACAAGGACCUGUUCUCGCAGCGCAAGCAGCGAGAAUUCACGCCCGACAACAAAAAAGAUGACAACUAUUGGGACAGAAGAAGAAGAAACAACGAGGCUGCUAAGAGGUCUCGUGAAAAACGCAGAUUCAAUGACAUGGUUCUGGAACAAAGGGUUGUGGAGCUCACCAAGGAAAACGCUAUUCUUAAGGCCCAAUUAGAAGCAAUCCGUGAGGAGUAUGGUAUUUGUGGAGAGAACGUUGUCUGUGCUGAAAAGGUCCUGGCUAAUCUCCCUACCAACGAACAGGUGCUAAGCCUGACCAAGCGCCAGAAAAUCUCACAUCCAGCCACAUCUCCGGCGCUAUUCACUACGCAGAACUCCGUUCCCACACCGGUGAUACACCAGCCUAUGGUGGCCCAACCACAUGCCCCACCGAUGGUUCCUAUCGAGCCCGCCUUCAGGCAACACCCAGAAUACCACCCUUCCUACUCCAUGCCUUACAGACAUCCGUCACCAGGAGCGCUGAACCUCUGCGCCAGGAGACCCAGAAGCUCACCCUCACCCUUUGAGCUAUCCAGCACAUCCGGGGAUGAGGGUCCUCCUAUGCAAGCCGUUUCUAACGAAGCCAACAACAGUUUACCUUUGAAACUCCGCCACAAAUCUCACCUGGGCGACAAGGACGCCGCCACAGCCCUUCUGGCCCUUCACAACAUCAAACAGGAGCCUGCCAGGGCUAGUCCACCGUGGGACGCGGAGGGUUCUUCGGACGAAAGGGACUCGGGAAUCUCGAUGGGCGCGGAGUGGAGCGCGACUCAAGCCGCCGCUACCCUGCAGUCGCUCCAGAAGGGCUCGCAAAACCCCCAAGAACCCAAGACACACCAUCCACUGCAUUCGGAAAUUGUGCGGUUGACCACCGAGGUGGAACAACUCAAGUCGAUGAUGAAGGAGAAGGAGGCUCGUCGCCAUUAGGCUCUGUGAUUGCGCCCCUAGGGGCUAUUUAUUCUAGUGAUAAGUAUUUAUUUAUUAGAUAAGGAAGGACUAUGGAGUGGACGAAGUGUGCACAAAUAUCUUGCGGGAUGCCUAUUGUUUUUUUACUCUUAUUUGCCAGUCUAUCUCUGAUGACUCGACAAAAACUGUCUGUCCGACACGUUAAUAAUCAUAGUUUUUUUGUAGUUUUAUACAAAACGUUUUUUUCUUACUUUAAAGAUAAUGUAUGUAUUAUGGCUUUUACUAGUUAUGACUUAAUUCCUACUUUAUCUAUCUUAUUAUGUCCGCGUAUAUAUUAUGUGUACGUUUAUAUCAUCACAUCUGAUUUUGCCCUACUAUCUGUUAUCAAUUAUUGUUAGGGAAUUUAACGUACCUUUAUUGAUAACUAGCCGAUAUAAAGUAUGUGUGAUUUUUUGUAACUAUUUAUCCUAUAGAUUAUUUAUGUAUAAAAAAUGUAUGUAUUUUUGUUACUUGCCAGUACAAUACUGGAAUAUAAAAAUUAUCAGAUUAUUAUGUUUGUAUAAACCAAUCAAGACUUAGAGAGAGAAACAUUUACCUCGGCAUUGUUGUUUGUUUUUUUAUUAUUAUUACUCUUUAAAAGUAUCUUUAUGAUCUAUCUAGCCUGCAGAAUUUUCAUCCCUUACAGAAAAUAUCAAUAUAUUUUCAUAUUACCGUUUUAAUGUAUCCUAAUUAUAUUUAAAUAAAUAUUUUCAUCGUUUUUA